AUGCGUUUCUCUACCAUUCUGUCUCUUCUGCCUCUGGCCCUCUCCGUUGCGGCCGUCAACAUCACCGAACCUGCCAAGGGUGCCGACGUCGAUGUCUCCGGCUCUUUCACUGUGAAGUGGACUUCCGUUAACACCGACGCCUCCACCGUUGACAUUGUCCUUGUCAACAAUGCCGUCUACCCCACUGUUUCGGAGAAGAUUGCCUCUGGCAUCGACACCUCCAAGGGCUCCUACACUGCCUCCGGCCUGAAGGGUGUCACCAAGGGUUCCGGUUUCCAGAUCAACCUGCUCUCCACUGACGCCAAGAACACUGGCAUCCUCGCCCAGUCCGAGCAGUUCGAUGUGACCGAAGCCAAGAGCUCCAGCGCUACUACCACCGGUACAUCUUCCACUGUCUCUUCUGCCUCCUCUUCUGCCUCUGCAUCUGUUGUCUCUACUGGUACCACUGAGACCAAUACUUCCACCACUGGUACUUCCACCCCGGACGUGUCCAUUAAACCCUUCCCCGGAAACUUCACCUCUAGCUCCCCUACUACUCAACUCCCCACCCAUGGCAAAAGCAGCACUGAUAUCUCUCUCCGUACAGCUUCCGGUUCUUCUACCUCCUCUACUGGAACUUCCACUGGCACCCAGACCUCCACCAAGACCGGCCUGACUACCAGCGCUUCCUCCACCGGCACCGCUACCGGUUCUGCCGCUGCCUCCGCCACUGCCUCCACCGGCGCUGCUAUGGGCCUUGUUGCCCCCGGUGCUGCUGCUGGUCUUCUGGCUGGUGUCCUCGCUCUCUUGUAA